AUGUCCCCCAAACUUCCAUCCAAGGCAUCUCUCAUUCUCCUGCUUUCCAUAUUUUGUACACAAUCGACAGAAUGUUUCGAUGGAAGAAGGUCACUGAGGCUUCAAACACCUCGAUCCAUCAGUCACAACAAACACCUGGAUAGUGUAUCUUUGGGCUUCACUGUCAGCAAACGUCACUCUAGUUUCCAUUUUGAGCAACGAACAGAGUUUUAUCAGCGGAAUCUUCUAUGGAAAAUUCAAAGGAAAUUUGAAACUGCAAUUGGUGCUCUGGGUCAGGGACCAGAUGAAGACACUGCUGAUGAGGGAAAUUCCACAUCCACUGAUACAAAUCAGACAUCUAUUGAAACGAAUUCUAUGGAUGUCUCGCCGAGCAAUCAAACUUCCAUUGAAUCGAUGGGAGACGAGAAAGAGAGCACCGAGCCAGAAAAGCCGAGUUCCAAUUCCACUUCUAGAUUUAUGGGCUUCUUUAGAAGAAGAAAAAAUACUGAUGAUUUGAAAUCAACGACAAAGGCGUCUCAUGUCAGUGAAUCAGAUGAGUCCAAAACCGCAAUUGCAACACCAGACUCGAGUUCUGACCCACCAAAGAAACAAGAAAAGAAGAAGUCGGUAUUUCGUCGAUCAUUACGAUAUGUUUUGCUCGCUUCCGCGUUUGUUGUGCUUUCUCCCAUGGUGCAUGAAGAGUUGGCAGACCGAGGUUCCAUUCAGAUUGCCCCCAAGGGGUUGAUCAGGCGGCAGACCGAAGACGAUGAAACUGCUGCACCGUUUGGUAAUCAAGACGAAGAGAACGUUAUUGCUACAGAAGAUUCCUUGAAGAUUGCCACUACUGACGAGACGGAGGAAACCGUUGAACCGAUACCACCAGUUGUGGAACGAAGAAAUAGUGCUUCUUCCAUGUCAUUGAAUGAGAAAAGAAAUUUCGCCCUUACCUUUGUGAUGGAUGCAGUCGAGGAGGUUGGACCUUCCGUGGUUCGAGUGGAUACAGAGACCCACUUGAAGGAACAAAGCGAUUCAUCUUUGAUACCUGGGUACAUUCAACAAGGACAAGGAUCUGGACUGAUAUUCUCGGAGAAGGGUUACAUUCUGACGAAUGCUCAUGUAGUAGAAGACGCGAGUAAAGUAACGGUGACACUCACCGAUGGCCGAGUGUAUCAUUGCAAGGUGAUGGGUACUGACGAGAUUGUCGACGUGGCAGUCCUCAAGAUUAUCCCGGAUGAGAAUGACGGACUGGCAAUGGAUAAUUUGCCAAUAGCUGAGCUAGGGGACAGUGACACUCUAAGCGUUGGUAAAUUGGUCAUUGCUGUUGGAAGCCCCGGUGGUUUGGACAAUACCGUGACGAUGGGUAUAAUUUCUGGCUUGGAGAGAUCGUCAACAAUUGUAGGCAUUCCACACAAAAAAGUCGACUACAUUCAGACAGAUGCCGCGAUCAACCCAGGAAACUCAGGAGGUCCGCUUGUGGACGUGGAGACAGGCAACGUGGUUGGAAUCAAUGCUGCAAUCAGGGCGCACAUGGAGGGGACUAGUUUUGCCAUUCCAAUCAAUCGGGUUAGAGACAUCAUGCACGACCUCUCUGAAGGACGUCAAAUUGAGCAUGGGUAUCUCGGCCUCGGUCUAGCUACUUGUACUCCCAAUUGGGCACGGCAGAACAACGCUGACACCAGUGGAUCGGAUGCUAUUCCGGAAGUACACGGAGCUAUUAUACAUAGAGUGUUUCCCAAGACACCAGCGGAACGAGGUGGAUUGAAGGAAAAUGAUAUCAUCAUUGAGAUAGGCGAGACAAGAGUACAGUCCGCGGAAGAUGCCCGCAAACUGAUUGACUUGGCCGGUGUUGGAGAAGAGGCCAAAAUUGUAGUGCUUCGAGGCAAGCAGAAAUUGGUUCUCACUGUCCGUCCAGUAGAUUUGGCGGCACGGUUGCGUGAGAUGAGAUCAGAGCGCCAACAGCAGCUACAACAAGAGCAAUUGAGGUUCCAAGAGCUAGGUCCUUUUCGAACCAUGCUUCAGUGA